UGCAAAUUUAUUGCCUCGCGCCCGAGCCUUAAUUCACUUCGUGCUAAUAAUUGCACACUGCAAAAAUUUGUCUUAAUCGUCUCUUGAAUAACCAUCGAGUUUCCUUGAGAAAAAGCUUUUGCAGGAGAUCAUGAUGGAAAGGGCAUAAUCGUAAAUUUCAUCAUGCGGAUCACGGAAGUGUUGUUUAAAAAUGUCUCCGACCUUAUUCAACGCUUCAGUCGAAAUCAACAAUCUUCGUUGUCGAUUGAGAAAUUCAUGUCUUUCGGUAAGUCUGCAAAGCCCAUUAAAUCUUUCAAGUUUGGUCGACAUGAAUUACCCAUGCGACUUGCACACACUAUAAGAGAGUUUGAUCUCCUUCCUGAGAAUUUACUUAAAAUCCCUUCGGUUGAACUUGUCAGAGGAUGGUAUGUUCAAAGCUUUAGUGAGGUAACUGAGUUGCAAGAUGAACAAGAAACAGAUGAAGUUUUAAAGAGAUAUACCCAGUGCUUGAUGGACAUCAAACAGCACCAUAAGGAUGUUGUUGAGACCAUGGCCCAGGGAAUUAUGGAAUUGAGACAGAAGGAGGGUGAUGAUGCAUUUCAUCCAUCAAUACAAUACUUUUUAGAUGCAAUCAACAAGGCUGCCUACCUCUGUGAACAUUAUUAUUGUGCUGCUCCUGUGGUGGAAAUUUCUGAGUUCAAUGCUGUUGAUCUUGAAGACCCAAUCCAAAUGGCCGAUGUUCCUGGACACUUGUAUCACAUACUCUCUGAAUUGUUGAAGACAGCAAUGGUAAACAAUUGAACAAGGAAUUGUUGCUGAGGAAGCUCACACUUACCAUUGGUGUAUAUUUCAGAAUGCCAUGUGAGCAGUUGUGGAGCAACAUGGAAGCAGUAUGUGCAUUCCUCCAAUAAAGAUAAUGAUAACCAAAGGAAGACAGGACAUGACAAUUAAGAUUUCUGAUCAAGGAGGUGGAAUCCCAAGGAGUACAAUUGACAAAGUGUUUGAGUAUCACUAUACAUCAGCACCAGAGCCACUAAAAGCUGAUUCUGCUGCACCUAUAGCCGGUUAUGGAUACGGGCUGCCAUUAUCUAGACUCUAUGCCAGAUAUUUUGAUGGAGAAUUGCAACUUUAUUCCAUGGAGGGUUUUGGUACAGAUGCGGUGAUCUGGU